AUGCCAAGUGACAAUAAACCUAAUGUCAUCUUUAUUGGAGGGCCAAUGGGGAGUGGAAAAACUACAUUUGCUAGGCAACUCGCAGAUAUUUAUGGAUACGAGUUUGUGGAAGGGGAUGAUUUCCAUUCUGAUGAAAUGAAGCAAAAAAUGGCUUCGGGGAUUCCGUUGACAGAUGAGGAUAGACGUCCCUGGUUGCUAUCUUUAGCCGCGCUUUGGCAAAACAAUAAAGAAAGGAAGAUGGUUAUUGCCUGUUCGGCUCUUAAAAAACCUUAUCGGUUAAUUUUUAAAUUUAGGAAGAAAUUUUUUCGUCUUUUUAGGGACAUACUUUUGGGUAGCAACGACGAGGCAACACAACACAAGGUCAAAAUAAUUUUGCUGAAAGUUAGCGAAGACAAUUUGCGUAGCCGGUUAGCUAAAAGGUUAAAAGAAGAUCCGAAACAUUUUGCGCCUCCGAGCCUGCUUGCGUCACAGUUGGAGGCGUUUGAGUUGCCAGUAAACGAGCCUAAUGUAUAUAUAAUGGAAAAUAAUGAGGAUAGCUAUGGACCUGCCAUGGACUUAUUUAAUAAUCUUUGUUAA